AUGUCGUACCCACACAACUUUGACCACCAGGCGCCACCUCUACAACAACUGCAGCAACAAGUACCUCCUCCAUUACCACACGGGUCGUGGGCUCCGCAGCCAAACCAGGGUCCAGGUGUACCAUUUAAUGGUGUGGGUCCGGGGAUAACGGGAGCUUACGGCGCGGCAAGUGCCUCGGGUAACGCACCUACGGCACAGGAUUGGUACUACAACCAAUGCCCCACUUCGGCUUCCGGUGCACCUUAUAGCAAUGGGACGAACAACUUCGCCUACACACCCGAGAUGCAGUACCAACCGCCGCACGCGCAGCAGCAACAGCAGCAGCAACAACUGUCGUAUAAAAUUCCAUCGGCGGCGGCAGCCCAACCAUCAUUCCCAGGCCUCGGUGCGACGGCGGCAAGUUCUCCCCACACGCCCGCUACCGUUGGUCAAUAUUCUGAACACCCACCUGCCGCCCGGCACCACGACGUUUCGGAACGCAACGAGCAUCGGGGAAUUCCUUGUCAGGAGAACUUACGUUCCUUUCCUGCGCCUCAGUCACGGCAUAGUGCAGAUUCAGAGAGACAGUCCACCGGCCCCCCACCUAAUUAUGUGCGUCCUCCUCCGAGACGCGCUGUGGACCUCGUUAAGGCGCCUAACCCUAAUGAGUGUGUACCUCCUUCCUCGGACAGUCUCAUGUCCAACCACUCUAACCUCCAGUUUCCAUCUGGUGCAGAUGCCAACAUUAGCAACGCAAGCGUAAAGUUUUUUCGACCGACGAUGAAGUGGGUGCCCGCAAGUGCCAAUCUCGUGAAGGACAGCCGCGUGCCAUUUGGGGCUGUGAUUGCCCCUCUUUGCCAACCCGUUGAUCCGCAGGAAGAGGUUCCGUGUGUUUCCGGUUACCCACCCGUUCGGUGUCAGCGCUGCCGAGCUUAUGUUUCUUGUCACGCGCGCUUUACAAACAUGGGUCGAAACUGGGUUUGCCCUCUCUGCAGUAUGUGCAACGAUGUGAGCGAAGAGUACUUCUGCAACUUAGAUAAUCAGGGCCAGCGGUUGGAUAAGAUGCAGCGACCAGAACUUUCACGGGGGAGCGUGGAGUUCGACGUGGAUGCAUAUCCUGAGUAUGCGUUACGGAACAGCGAUGAUGCGGCUCUCGAAGCUAGACCACUGCAUUAUCUGUUUCUGUUGGAUGUGUCGGUAAAGGCGGCAACGACAUUUCUGUCUGACUAUGUGGAUGCUUUACUCCGCUCACUUCACGAGAUGGCAGUUCAGUAUCCCGAGUGCCGCGUUGCCUUUAUCACGUACGCAUCAACGCUUCACUUCUAUAAUGUCCGUCACCCUCGCAUGCCCCAAAUGAUUGUUUCAGACGUGUGCAACCCGUUCGUACCCCUUCCCUUCACGAGUCUCUGCUGGCUUACACUCGGCACUGAGUUAGACUUGGUGGAUGCGUUCUUGUUGCGUGUACCGGAGUAUGCGAGUGACCUCUGUGAGACCGGCUGCGUGCUGGGUGCUGCGGUGGAGGUGGCAAAACUCGUGUUGUCCGGGCAGCAUGGUGGUCGCGUUAUUAUAACCGCGCAUAAGGCACCACAAAAUGGGAUCGGCGCUAUCAAACCGCGCGAGCAGCAUGUCCUAUACGGAACGGAAAAGGAAAAGGAACUGCUGCGCCCGCUAGACGGAUACUGGCAGACGAUUGCAACCACGUGUGCAAAGGAGCAGAUUUCACUUGAUUUGCACAUGUUCGCCGAUGAAUAUUGCGAAUUGGUGACCCUCUCACAUCCCUGCCACGUCACAAACGGCCGUGUACAUCUCUUCUCCAACUACGAUAGUCAAACUGACGCCGUUGAACUGCAGGCUGUGCUUGAUCAGGCGCUGUUAGAGGAGGCCGGUUAUGCUGGUAUACUGCGUGUUCGCUGCAGCACCGGUCUGCGUGUUCAGAGGUAUCAUGGACAUUUCUUCUCCCAAGACAAGCACGAUAUGGAUCUUGUUCACGUUCAGGGCUCCUCCUCCUUUUAUGUUGAAUUUGCGCAUGAGUCGAAGCCUGAUAGCAGUUCUGCCGCAUACUUUCAAACCGCGUUACUGUACACCACGCGUAGGGGCAAUCGUCGGGUGCGCGUUCACUCAGUGCGAAUACCGAUAGCUUCGUCUAUUUCAUCAAUUUUCGAUGGAGACACUGUGGCAGUCCUGAUGGCGUACAUACACCAGGUUAUUUCUAAUUCGGUGAACAAGGGGUUGAAAUACGCUAGGGAACAGAUGCAUCAGCAACUGUUACAACUGUUAACUAGCUACCGCCGUGUUGUUUCACAGAAAUCCACAUCGGUGCUGCUUAUGCCUGGUAGCCUCCGUCUUAUGCCACUCUAUACGCUGUGUGUCCUGAAAUCCGAUGCAAUUGCCGAGGGUACUACUGUUCGUAUCGACGACCGGGUGCAGAAACUCUUUCACUUACUUACUGUUCCCACUCAUCAAUGCCUUUCGUACUUUUACCCCACCCUUUACGCCAUGCAUUCGUCGAUGGAGGAAACGUUCUGUGGGGCGAUAAACCCCGAGACCGGUGACUGCGUUAUGCCACCGCGGAAACGACUGUUCUACGAAAGUAUUACAACUGACGGUGUGUACAUUCUUUGUGAUGAGCAGGCACGGUCGGUGUACUUGUGGGUUGGCUCUGCUGUGACGCCUGAGAUAUCUUUGGAGUUGUUCGGAACGGCGAAUUCAGCAGAGGUGGGGCGCAGCGUAUUCUUCGAUCACUUUGGGGAGCGGCUGCGGAACGUACUGUGGGCUUGCCUGAAUCGUGAUGGACGCAUGCGGCGUUUGGUGAUUUUGCAUCAAAAGGACCGGGGUGAGGAAGCUUUCUUUAAGCAACUGAAGGAAGAAGGUGAAGGAGGAACGAUGAGUUACGACCAACUACUGUUGAAACUGCACAAAGCGGUGGGCGAGUUGGCGCUAUGA